UAGCAAUUCCCAGUUAGUUUCUCGUUCCUGAAUCGAUCGACCAUGAACCUGGUCGGCCGGCGACUCGACCUGAUUCUCGUUCCCAAGCCCGUCCUCCUCCUCAUUUACCUGCUCCACCACGUCGAAAUCGCCACCAGGCUUCUCCUCAGCUGUCUCGGCAUCUACUCGCCGCCGGCACCGGACGUGGCGGUCCCCGAAUGGUACCACGGUGACGACCACGGCGACGGCGUAGGAAGCCGAGUCGUCGCCGCUUCCAUCAAGCGACAGCUCAGGGUGGUGGAGUACUCGCUGUGGGCGAAGCGGUGGGGCGGCGGCGGCGACACCUGCGUGAUCUGCUUGGGGGAGGUGGAGGCGGCGGAGAAAGUGCGGGAGCUGGCCAACUGCAGGCACAGCUUCCAUGUGGAUUGCAUCGACCGGUGGGUGGACGCUGGCCACGUCAGCUGUCCUCUUUGCCGGGCGCCCCUGUUGUGCCGUUGCUCUUCCUUCGUUUCAAUUAAUUGAAGGGGCAACGUUUCAUUAGUUAAUUCGUGUUGGCUUUCUGUUUCAUAAUGUUUUGGAAGCCAGUGUUUAUAUACAAAUAAACUUAAAACGAGAUUGUUUCUUUUUUUUUUUAAAGAAAACUGAAGUUGGUCUGUAAUAAAAUUAACCUCCUAAGGCUUCGUUUGAU